AGAUUGACAAAAUCGGAGAUUUUUAAGAAUCUCGAGUCAAGUUGGUUCCUUAAAAUUAAUCUCAAUUUUUGUAUUGCAAUUAAGAAUGUAUCUCAAUCUACUGCUGACAUCUAUGUGAGCUACAGGAAAACAAUAUGAAACUUUCACCAUUUUGGCUUCAAUCACUAGACUCAAGGAAAACUGUAGUUUUAAGCAUUUUAUGAUAAAAUGUUGAUCAAUGAGAUUCCCGAUGAUUGUUUGCUAGCCAUUUUUGAAUAUUUGGUUAACACAGAUGAUUUAAUAAACUGCUAUAAAGUGUGCGUUAAAUGGAGCAAUUUAAUUGCUAAGCGGACUAAAAGAACUAAAUAUUUGAUCGAUCAGUGUGGUUAUUCAUUUGACACUGUUUAUUAUUGUAGACCAUGUCCGAUUGAUUCAACAUAUCUGAGUAAAUUAUUUACAAAUCUUACAAUUGCUGAAUUGUCUUUCAAGUUUAGUGAUGAACUAGAGCAUAUUAUUCAAUUUGUCACCAAACAAAAAUGUUUGAAAGGAUUAGUCAAUCCACGCGAUGAACCAAUAGAAAAAUAUUGUGAUAACCUCGAAAUGUUAUAUGCAGAUAAUUUCAAUCCAAACAAUUUACGAAAUGGUUCCAUCUUAAAGCAAUUGGUCAUUUGGGAUUAUAGUCUAGAGGCUUUGACGAGAGAUGCUCAUUUGUUCCCAAACCUUGAAAGACUACAGAUUGGAAUUAGAGAUUAUGAAAAUAUGGCGCCCAGAAAUGUUCGAAAUGAAAUCCUUCGUUCAGACAAUCCCUACGAUGGUCCAGUAUUGGAAAAGCUCAAAAUACUUGAGUUGACCUUUGAUCGUCAUCAUGACAUUUGUUAUGGUUUCCAGUUGAUGGAUUCAUGUCCAAAUUUACAAAGUGCAUAUAUUUCCAAUAGCUCUACAAAUUGGUUUAUUGAUGAAAAAUUGAAACACAAAUGUUUACAAGAUUUAGUUAUAGAUUUUUAUGAAACCGUUGGAUGUAUAAACGCUAUUGAUCACUGGGAUAUUUUAAGAAGAUUGUUUAUGAAGUAUCCGAAUCUCAAACAUCUUAGGUUGAGGUGCCGUAAGGUUUUAACAGAUACACAUAUCGAGCAAUUGGUGCGUAUUUUACCCAAUUUAGUGCUAUUGGAUGUAAGAGAGUCUCAAGACGUCACUCAAAGAGCUGCUGAUUAUGUUAAAGAUCAUUGUAGAAGAAAUGGACGAUCAAUCAAAUUUUACUUCAAAGGUAAUGAACAUGAAAUCAAAUCAGAUUGGCCUCAAUCAACCAUUAAAUACGAAACAUUAAGACGAGGCUUUGAUUUCAUGAAACAUUGCUUUUUCAAAGACUUUGCUGAACUUUCACCUUUAUUGGUUCCAUUUGGUUAUUGAAAAGUACUUAUUAAUAUAUUUGUUAUUUUGUACCUCGAAAGCCCAUUCGAAGAGUUUCAACUCAAUCUCUAUGAUUCAUCCAUUUUAUUUCGCGAUCUACUUUCUAGUGAAUAUUAUCUAUUGUCUAACCUUUAUUAGAACUUUAGAUCCGUAGAUAACUUUCAUCGAGGUUUUAUUAUAAAAAUAAUGAUUGGUAAAAGAUGAAUGAUUGUAUAGCUAUUUUUAAAUAAAACAAACAUGUCAACACUGUAAACACUAUUGUCUAUGUUCAUAUGGAAGUUGAUUCUAUUCAAACGAGAAUGAUUGUAAUCAUGAUUAAAGGUGUUUCCGAUGAAAAA